UUUUUUUUUUUUUUUUUUUGAGACGGAGUCUUGCUCUGUCGCCCAGGCUGGAGUGCAGUGGAGCGAUCUCGGCUCACUGCAAGCUCCGCCUCCCAGAUUCACGCCAUUCUCCUGCCUCAGCCUCCCGAGUAGCUGGGACUACAGGCGCCCACCACCACGCCCGGCUAAUUUACCUGGAUUGUUUUUAUAUCUAAAAUUAUCGGAGGUGGGAGAGGAAGCAUCGUUUUCACGGUCGUGGUGGCCCUGUCUGAAUCAACUGCACCUUUUGUAGUGCGUCUGGCAUCUAGGAGGCGCUCAGUAACCGGAGGAAAAGAAUGAAUUGAGAACUCUAUAGGCAACGUUCCUCGAACGCCUCACGUGACAUGUUAUUAACAUAAUGUGUGUGGAAUGGGAAACCAGACUAGUCUUGGUGUUCCAGGCACUGGGCUAUAGUCCUUUGCCACAUAUCUUUCCUCUUUGAGUAAACUGUUUCACCUCAUUGGGUCUCAGAUUUCUGAAUAUAGCGGGACUAUCUGAUCCCAGGUUCUUUCAGCUCUAGUAUUUUGUUUUUGUGACUUGGGAAUCUGCUAAUAUUCAAGCACUCUGUUGGUCCUUCAUGGAAACUUGUUUAGGUGCCUCUUAAGAAAUUGUCCUCCUUUGUUCACCUUCUUGAAUUUAAAUUUUUUUUUUCCAAUUUUAGUAUUUGUUAGUGUGCACGUCCUUUUCUCCUUUCUCCUGAUUUUCAGUCGUCCUAGUUUAGUGGCUCUUCCCUUAGUAACAUCAUAGCAACCUCCAAAUUGUUGAUUUGGAAUAUGCCCAUGUACCCACGGUGAUUAAGAUAGUUUGAAAGGAGGGAAGAAUCCCAAGUCACUGAAGAAUAGGAAUGUUCUUAUGUGCCAUCACUUCUUCAGAAAGAGAUGAGUGCAAUGUGUGGCAUUGCCUAAGAGUGGUGGAAAAUAAAUAUAUUCCUCUGUAGAGACCAUAUUUUCACAUAUUAUGUUCAUUUAAUAGUUGUAGGGCAUCUGUUAAUUGCUAGGCUCUAUGAUAUGGAAGUGAAUAAGGCACAUAUAUUUCCUUCUUUCAUGGUAUUUACUCUCUUGACAGCAAUGCAAGCAAUAAACAAGUAAAAUAAAAGAAUAGUUACAGAUUAUGUUAUAACUUACUGUAUACAGGAAGUAAAUAGGCUCCUUUUAAAAUAUAAUUGAGAAACCUAUUUUAGGCCUGAAAUGUUAAGAUCUAAGGGAUGCAAGGAGCCAGCCAAUUGACAAGCAGGGGGAAGAAUACUCCAGGCAGAGAGAACCUGAAGUGGGAAAGAAUGUUGUGACAAGAGCUGAGGAGCUCCAGCAAGUAGUAAAGGUGGUUGGAAAGAUGUCAUCAUUGCCAAGAAGAGCAAAAGUACAGGUCCAGGGUGUGGUACCAAAAGAUGAAUUUUCUUCAUUCUCUGAGUUAUCAUCUGCCUCUGAAGAAGAUGACGAGGAAGAUAGUGCCUGGGAGCCCCAGAAGAAAGUUCCCAGAAGCCGUAAACAGCCCCCUCCCAAGGAAUCCAAACCAAAGAGGAUGCCUCGGGUGAAGAAGAAUGCCCCACAGAUCAGUGAUGGCUCAGAAGUCGUUGUUGUUAAGGAGGAGCUGAAUAGCUCUGUGGCUAUUGCUGAUACUGCUUUGGAAGACAGAAAAAAUAAAUUGGAUACUGUACAGACUCUGAAAACAGCCAAGACAAAACAGAAAUGUGCAGCGCAGCUACCUGCAGUUCGAAGGACUAAAAAGCUGAAAGUUGAUGCAGAAACCAGCAAAGCCAGCAACUUGGAGGGUGAGAGUAAUAGUUCAGAGACACCAUCCACAAGCACUGUGUGGGGAGGUCCAUGCAAGAAGGAAGAGAACGACGAUGACUUUACAUUUGGUCAGUCCCCUUUAAAGAAAAUCAAGACUGAAACAUGUCCUCAGGGGCAGCCUGUCAAGUUUCCAGCAAAUGCCAAUAAUAUUAAAGAGGAGGUGGAAAUGAAUUGGGACAUAGUACAGGUUUUAUCUGAAAGAACUAAUAUUGAACCUUGGGUUUGUGCCAACACCAUUCGUCUCUUUAAUGAUGAUAACACAAUUCCCUUCAUUAUACGUUAUCGAAAAGAGCUCAUUAAUAACCUUGAUGCUGAUUCCUUGAGAGAAGUUCAACAAACCCUAGAAGAGCUACGGGCUGUUGCAAAGAAAGUUCAUAGUACAAUCCAGAAAAUUAAGAAGGAAGGGAAGAUGUCUGAGUGCUUAUUAAAAGCCAUGCUGAAUUGUAAAACUUUUGAAGAACUAGAACACGUGUCUGCUCCAUAUAAAACUGGGAGCAAAGGGACUAAAGCCCAGAGAGCAAGACAGUUGGGCUUAGAAGGAGCAGCCAGGGCACUGCUUGAGAAACCAGGGGAGCUCAGUCUGCCAUCAUACAUUAGGCCUGACGUUAAAGGGCUUUCAACGCUUCAGGAUAUUGAAAUAGGAGUGCAGCAUAUUUUAGCAGACAUGAUUGCUAAAGACAAAGACACGCUUGACUUCAUUCGGAACUUGUGCCAGAACAGACACGUUUGUAUCCAGUCAUCUCUGGCAAAAGUGUCCUCAAAAAAAGUAAAUGAGAAAGAUGUUGAUAAGUUUCUGCUCUACCAGCAUUUUUCGUGCAACAUAAGAAACAUUCACCAUCAUCAGAUUCUGGCAAUUAACCGUGGAGAAAAUUUGAAGGUACUGACGGUUAAGGUCAAUAUUUCUGAUGGAGUGAAGGAUGAAUUCUGUAGGUGGUGCAUCCAAAACAGGUGGAGACCACGUAGCUUUGCAAAGCCAGAGUUGAUGAAGAUCUUACGUAAUUCACUGAAUGAUUCCUUUAAGCGCCUUAUUUAUCCUCUUCUCUGUAGAGAAUUCAGAGCCAAACUAACAUCAGAUGCAGAGAAGGAAUCAGUAAUGAUGUUUGGACGGAACCUUCGUCAGCUCCUUUUAACAAGCCCUGUUCCAGGGCGCACCUUAAUGGGUGUGGAUCCUGGUUAUAAACAUGGUUGCAAAUUAGCUAUAAUUUCUCCUACCAGUCAGAUACUUCAUACUGAUGUGGUUUACUUGCAUUGUGGACAAGGCUUCCGAGAGGCGGAGAAAAUAAAGAGGCUUUUGCUGAAUUUCAACUGCAACACAGUAGUGAUUGGAAAUGGAACUGCCUGCCGGGAAACAGAAGCUUACUUUGCUGACCUGAUAAUGAAGAAUUAUUUUGCACCACUGGAUGUUGUUUACUGUAUCGUCAGUGAAGCAGGAGCAUCAAUCUACAGUGUCAGCCCUGAAGCUAACAAAGAGAUGCCAGGGCUGGACCCUAAUUUGAGAAGUGCAGUUUCCAUAGCAAGGCGUGUACAAGAUCCAUUAGCUGAACUAGUGAAAAUUGAGCCGAAGCACAUUGGAGUUGGAAUGUAUCAGCAUGACGUAUCCCAGACUUUACUCAAGGCAACACUGGACAGUGUCGUAGAAGAAUGUGUCAGCUUUGUGGGAGUGGAUAUUAACAUCUGUUCAGAAGUUUUGUUAAGGCAUAUUGCAGGACUCAAUGCCAACAGGGCCAAAAAUAUUAUUGAAUGGCGAGAGAAAAAUGGACCCUUUAUCAACCGAGAACAGCUGAAGAAAGUGAAAGGGCUGGGCCCAAAAUCCUUCCAGCAGUGUGCUGGCUUCAUCAGAAUCAACCAGGAUUAUAUCCGAACAUUUUGCAGUCAGCAAACUGAAACUUCAGGCCAAAUUCAAGGAGUUGCUGUGACAUCUUCAGCAGAUGUUGAGGUCACAAAUGAGAAGCAGGGCAAAAAGAAGAGCAAAACUGCAGUGAAUGUUUUACUGAAGCCAAAUCCUUUGGACCAAACUUGUAUUCAUCCAGAAUCAUAUGACAUAGCAAUGAGGUUUUUGUCAUCCAUUGGAGGGACACUGUAUGAGACUGGAAAGCCUGAAAUGCAACAAAAAAUAAAUUCAUUCCUUGAAAAGGAAGGAAUGGAGAAAAUUGCAGAAAGAUUGCAAACAACAGUACACACCUUACAGGUCAUCAUAGAUGGUCUCAGCCAGCCUGAAAGCUUUGACUUUCGAACAGAUUUUGAUAAACCUGAUUUCAAGAGAAGCAUAGUAUGCCUGGAAGAUCUGCAGGUUGGGACAGUUCUUACAGGCAAAGUUGAGAAUGCCACUCUCUUUGGAAUUUUCGUGGAUAUAGGAGUGGGGAAAUCUGGGCUGAUUCCCAUACGAAAUGUAACAGAAGCAAAACUUUCAAAAACAAAGAAGAGAAGGAGCCUUGGACUGGGCCCCGGAGAAAGAGUGGAAGUCCAAGUACUCAACAUUGACAUCCCCCGAUCUAGGAUUACUCUGGACCUCAUUCGGGUGUUAUGAGUAUCCCACGAAGGCCAGACACUGAUUUUAUUUUCUCAUUUCUACAGAUUGACAAGGAUAAGUCAGUUAUUUGUAAACUCUAGGUAGCAGAUGAGAAAUAAAUCACUUACUAUCAGAAAUAUUUUCCAAAUACUUUCCUUUAUUUUUUCUUCUGAAUAAACAGAAAACCAACAGUUUGAUUUCCUUUCCCCUUAAAGGAAACAACUAAUGCACAUUCUUUUUUUUUUUUUUUUGAGACGGAGUCUCGCUCUGUCGCCCAGGCUGGAGUGCAGUGGCGCAAUCUCGGCUCACUGCAAGCUCCGCCUCCUGGGUUCACGCCAUUCUCCUGCCUCAGCCUCUCCGAGUAGCUGGGACUACAGGCGCCCGCCACCACGCCCGGCUAAUUUUUUGUGUUUUUAGUAGAGACGGGGUUUCACUGUGGUCUCGAUCUCCUGACCUCGUGAUCCGCCCGCCUCGGCCUCCCAAAGUGCUGGGAUUACAAGCGUGAGCCACCGCGCCCGGCCUAAUGCACAUUCUUAUAUGGCUUUAUGUAGUAAUAGUUUCCUGACUAAAAUUUUGUUUUUUAUUUUUUAUAAUUUAUCUUUAACUCCUUUUGCAUUUUGUAUAACAGAUUGCUUAACUUCUACUUGCCAACAUUUGCCUUGCUGGACUUGUAUGGGAUUGUCUUCUUGAUUUGAAUUGUACAGUCUUUGUUGACACAGUAGGGCUAGGCAGUGUUUAAUCCUUCCAUUUUAUAGAUUUUUUUUUAAUCAGGCCUUUUGGACUUCAUUCAUAAUUUUGCAAUAAUCUCUUUUCCCUUGUCAUGCAAGCCAAAAAUAUACCAGUAAAACAGAUUCUGACGUGUUUGUAGUUAUCAAAUGAAUGGCUCGAGACAUUUCUCAAAAGGAUAUAUGUAUUGACCCCAACAAUAAAGGUUUGUGGCUAGUGA